AUGGCUCCAACUUCCCUUCAGUCGACCUACAAGAUGGUCUCGGGAUAUGAGAUCCCGGUCAUCGGCUUCGGUACACUUCGAAUACUGACCUUGAAUUGGCAACACAGACCACCGGAGAUCACUGAGAAGGUGACUCUUAAAGCGCUGGAGACAGGAUACCGCCAUAUUGACAGCGCGAAAUACUAUGCCAACGAGAAGGAAUGUGCAAAGGCCAUGAAGAAGUCCGGAAUCGACCGUUCCAAGAUCUUCUACACCACCAAGGUUCCUGCCUCUUCCAUAUCCUAUGAGAAGGCCAAGGAAGCUAUCAAGGCCAGUGUAGAGGACGCUGAUCUAGGAUACAUCGAUCUGGUGCUGCUCCAUGCCCCUUACGGUGGCAGAGAGGGCCGCCUUGGUGCCUGGCGCGCCCUCGUGGAGGCACAGAAGGCUGGCCUCAUUCGUUCCAUCGGAGUUUCCAACUAUGGCAUUCAUCAUCUGGAGGAACUUGAGGAAUAUAUCAACAGCAGUGAUGUUGGGGGCCAAAUUGCUGUGGGUCAAUACGAGAUUCAUCCCUGGUGCGCUCGUGAAGACAUUGUUGCUUGGUUGAAAAAGCGGGACAUCAUCGUUGAAGCCUAUUCUCCUCUCGUUCAAGCCAAGCGUAUGGACGAGCCAGUCUUACAGAAUUUGGCCAAGAAACACAACAAGACGCCGGCUCAGAUUUUGGUUCGAUGGAGUUUGCAGAAGGGCUAUGUCCCGCUUCCCAAGUCGGUGACCGAUUCCCGCAUCGUCGAGAACACGCAGGUUUUUGAUUUUGAGCUAUCCCAGGAGGACAUGCAGAGCUUGAACACUGGUAUCUAUGCACCUGUGUGUUGGGAUCCUGCUAAAGAUGCUCGCCUGUAA